GUGCGCGCAGCCCCGAGCCCGGAGCCCCGCGGGCGCCGGGACCCUCCUGCAGACCCCCACUGCCAUGGAGUCGGUGGCCCUGUACAGCUUCCAGGCCACGGAGGAGGACGAGCUGCCCUUCCAGAAAGGGGACACCCUGAAGAUCCUCAACAUGGAGGAUGACCAGAACUGGUACAAGGCUGAGCUCUUCGGCCGCGAGGGCUUUGUCCCCAAAAACUACAUCAAGGUCAAGCCACACCCGUGGUACGCGGGCAGGAUCUCCCGGCACCUGGCAGAGGAGCGGCUGCUCCAGCGCAAUCACCUGGGAGCCUUCCUGAUCCGGGACAGCGAGAGCGCCCCGGGCGAGUUCUCCCUCUCGGUCAGCUACGGGAAGCACGUCCAGCACUUCAAAGUGCUCAGGGAGAGGAAUGGCAAAUAUUUCCUCUGGGAGGAAAAGUUCAACUCCCUCAACGAGCUGGUGGAUUUCUACAGGAUGACCACAAUCACCAAAGAGCAGCAGAUUUUCCUGUGGGACGAGGACCAGACCCAGGAGCAGGUAUCCCAAGGCUCAUCCUCAUCCUGUGGUGGCACAGCCUCCCCACCAGGACCCAGGCAGUGCCACCCAGUGCCAGGGUCUGGCAGAUGGGGACCCCUCUCCUCUCACCAACCCCGGCCCUCGGCUCCCCUGCAGGUGAAGAGACCCCAAUUUGUGCAAGCCCAGUUUGACUUCUCAGCCCAGGAGGGCUCCCAGCUGCCCUUCCUGCGUGGGGACAUCAUUGAGGUCCUGGGCUGCCCUGACCCCAACUGGUGGCAGGGGAAGAUCUACGGCCGUGUCGGGCUCUUCCCACGGAGCUACGUCCACCCCAUCCACAAGUGACCUUCAGGUGACCAUCCACAAGUGACCAUCCGUGAGUGACCUUCAGGUGACCUUCCAGUGACCAUCCACAAGUGACCUUUGAGUGACCAUCCACGAGUGACCCUCACCACGCUGCCGCUGACCGGGCAGGACCCAGCCCCGUUGUCCCCCCUCACCAGAGCUGCCCACACAGCCUGAGUGUCCCUUUGUCCCCAGGAUGGUGCCUGGUCCAUGACCCGCAGCCCAGGGAUGGGGCUGGCAGUGCUGCUCCCCAGGGAGGGAGUGUGGAGUGUUCAACCACAGCCAUAAAACCUUUUCCAGAGGCACAAUCCAGUGGGAUGACAGCAGCAGAGGGAGUGAGCCCAAAACCCCAAACCUUGAAUAUUCUCCAAACCUUGUAAGCAAAGCUCCAGGGAGGGCUGCAGGCAGCCAGGACACAACCAGGAUCCACAACUCCACGGAGGAAUUCCAGGACUCAGGGUACCAGGGAAGACUGGUCCAGGGGGAUUCCAUCCUGUAGGUGCUGUUCAUAGCUGCAAAUUUAUAUUUUUUAUACUAUUUUUUAAUUUAGGGCCAGUAAAAUGUGCUUGAGUAUUGUCCCUGAGAGUGGCUGCUCCUUUUCCAGCACUGCCAAGGUGGUCCCACCCUCCAUUCAUGCAGGUGCUGCUUCACUGCACUUUUACUUCCUUGCAGCCCCCAUUUCCCCACCCCAAUGCCUGUCCCAAACCCCUCCCAGGGAUUUUCUGCCCCCACACCUCACACCCCCUGGGAUGCACUCAGGGAAUGCAGUGCUCAGAACACCCAACUCACUGCACCAGUGGAUUUAAACAUCACAUCCCAAACAAAUAAAAAAUAGCACCCAAAUCUUCAUUUUUCCCCUCUCCAAGCACCUCUUCCCCACCCAAGGGGCUGUCAGGGUGCUGGGCAAAACAGGCAUAACAGAAAAUACUGACAUACAUCAGGACAAAGGUGUUGAUGCCACAGACACAGGCCCAGAACAGGGGUCCUGUGGUGUCCCUGAGGGUCACAGCCAGGGUCCUGUGGCCUUGGGUGGCUGUGGGUGUCCAGCCAGGCUGGACAGAUGACCCUGGGGACAGCCACCUCCUGGAGCUCAAACCCCCAGGUCUGGGAACUUGGAGCUCUUUGCCACCCCACAGUCAAAGCCCUUUUCUCAGGGCUGGAAUGAGAUGAUCUUUAAGGAACUUUCCAGCCCAGGAUUGUGAUCCCAGGAUGGGAUCCCCUCCCUGGUGGGUGUCGGGGCAGUUGGGACCCCCUGACAACUACUCAGGACCCGACCCACGCCGAGGAAAACCUCAAACCUGCAGCUCACACAGCUUUUUCCCUCUGCCAAGGACAUUUCCUUGGCUCUGUCCCUAGGAUCCGCAGCGUCCUGCUCGCACUCAUCCCCCGGCACCGGGAUCCACCGCAGCAGCGACUCCCGCCCCGGGCGGGUAAAGCCCUUCGCAAACAUUCAUUAUCCAUCCUGGGGAAAGCUCUCCUGCCUUGUCACGCCCUUGUCACCGGCAGCCAAGCCAGUGCCAGGGAGGGGCUAGGCCGGCUCUGAGACAAGCACUCAGAGCCCCUCUUCCCAAGCGGGACUAUGCGAGACCCCCGUUCCCCGGGA